CAGUCCCUCAUAUCUACUCAUGUAUCCGGCUUGGUAUUCUAUAAGAUUUAUGGGGAAAUUGAAGAGCACCAUACAACGACAGGUGCAUACGUCCUAGACAAGAGAAAGAGGAGAGCUAGGGCAAGCAAGGCGAGAGUGAGGGAGGGCGCAGGAAGGAGGAGGGUAGCCAAAGGAAGGUGGGGAAAGCUCGAGUUCCUGUCUGUCACGGAAACUGCGGUUGGUGUACAUCAGAUGGUAGCUGAAAUGGUCGCUUUCACCUUCCUGUUUUACUCGUAGAAGCGGCUUCGUUGAGCUGCGAGUGGAAGCCAGUCUGUACCCUUCUGAGAGUUCUUUGGUUGCUAGCGUUCUGUCACCAAGAGGCUAAGGCACCAGUCCCGAAGGGAGCGCAUUGUCUUGUCACAGACACUGUGCUCUGUGAAGCAGCGACAUGGCGGAGUCCAAGGUUAUCCACGUGCGGAGUGUUGGACAGGAUGUAACUGAGGAAGAUGUGCACCAGUUUGCUCAAGAAUUCGGGACCGUUACCAAGGUGGUCCUACUCCGUCCAAAAAACCAGGUGCUUAUUCAGAUGGAGGAUAUUCCUUCCGCUAAGGCGUUGAUUGAAGCAUAUGCUGAGACUCAGCCGGCGAUCAGGGGCCGGAACGUGUAUGUCCAGUACUCCUCUCACCAGGAGUUGAAGGCGCAGGAGAACCAUGCACCUACUCCCGGGGAGCCGCGGGAGAGGAGAGAGCAUCCUGAGCAGCGCCCCAAUCGCAUUCUGCUCAUCACCAUCCACAACCCUCAGUAUCCCAUCACCGUCGACGUCCUCCACCAAGUCUUCUCCCCACACGGCCUCGUUGAAAAGAUUGUCACCUUCCUCAAGCAGCCUGCUGGCCUGCAAGCUCUGCUACAGUUUGCGCUGCAACAAAGUGCGGUGAACGCACGCUCCCAGCUCCAAGGCCGCAACAUCUACGACGGCUGCUGCACUCUGGACAUCCAGUACUCCAACCUUCCUGAGCUCCAGGUCAACUACAACAGCGACAAGACCCGGGACUACACAAACCAAAACCUCCCCACCGAUCAAGGCCGCAAUGGGCCCCAGGGAGCCAUGAUGCAGCAGCAGUCGCUGUUUGGCGACGGCAGCGUCUACGGCGUUGCCCACCAUGGGGGCCCCCGGCCGCACCCCGGGGGCCCCUACGGGAUGCACCAGGGUAUGCACCCCAACGUGCAGCUGCCGCUCGGGGUGCCAGGCACCAACGACCGCAGGGUCGUCCUGGUCUCCAACCUCAACGUAGAGCGCGUCGACCCUGACAAGCUCUUCAACCUCUUCUCCAACUAUGGCAACAUCGUCCGGAUCAAGAUGCUCCAGAAGAAGCCCGACCACGCCCUCAUUGAAAUGGCCGAAGGCUUCCAGGCCGAGCUCGCCGUCCACUUUCUCAAGGGCGUGAUGCUGCUCGGGAAGCAGAUGGACGUCAACUACUCGAAGCACCCCCACAUCAACCCCACCCCGGACUCGCACGACUACAGCCACUCGAACCUGAACCGCUUCUCCCGCAACGCCUCCAAGAACUUCCGGCACUGCUGCGCGCCCACUAAGAUGAUUCACUGCUCCAGCCUGCCUGCUGACGUCACUGAGGAGUCGAUCACCGAGUACCUUGCACCGCAUGGGACGAUCACGGGCGCAAAGCUGUCGGAGAACAACGGGAAGAAGCAGGUGCUGGUGCUUUUUUCGAGCGAGGAAGAGGCAACGGAGGCUCUUGUGCAGAAGCACGCGACUAAGUUCAACGGGUCCACCAUCCGGCUAGCGUUCUCCAAGCUUACAUCGUUGUAGUGGGGAGUGUAUGCGAGAAGGUGCUUCCUCUUAGAAAGACGUUGACACAGAUUGCUUGAGGAGAGCUGUUUGUAGUGUGCUAACAUGCGGGGUGGGUGUUCAACUCCACUGACGACAGUCAAACCUUUCAAGGCGCAGGAAUGACCCUGGACAGUUUUGACCAGAAGAGCGGCUUUGGGGUGGCAGCCCCAUGAGGCGGGCAGUGCUAUUGGUGAUGUAUGUUUUGGCUGCAUCAAACAUGUCAUGAGCCUCUAGGGGCGGCAUGUGCCGCUUGCGAUUCCUUUCAAAACAUUCUGCACUUGCUUACGAAGUUUCAUUGCCGC